AUGUCUAACGAAGGAGAACAACCCACUGAGCCACAACAAGACCCAGAAGACGAGGAAGAACAGCAAGUACAACAGCUCACUGUGUCACAACAACAAUAUCCAGACUCCGACUCCGACUCAGACUACUCCUCCUCUUCCUCCGACGACUACAUCGAAGAAUCCGAUUCCGAGACUCUCACCUACACUCGACCCGGAGACGCCCUGCCCGAAGCCGAAAACACCCCUGAAACGAACAUCCGCAAGUAUACUCGAGUGCUCGAGAGUAAAAGAUUCAAGAGAAUCCAAGAAGAAGAAGACCAAGACUACAUUUACAACGAAGACUUAUGGGAUUUUCCAGAAGAUCCCGAGAAUUGGCGGGAAGAGGAUUUGAAGGAGUAUUGGGUGGAUGCUCCGUUGGAGAUGACCAAACCCGGGUGGGACCCGGUUUGGGCUGAUGAGGAAGAUUGGGAAAUUGUGAGGGAUGAGAUUAAGGAGGGUCGGGACCCGGGGAUUGCCCCGUUUUAUGUUCCGUAUCGGAAGCCUUAUCCGGCUAUACCGGAUAACCAUUAUGAUAUUUCGAACCCCAAAGCGGUUAUUGAAGAGUUGGAUAGGAUUGAGGAGUUCCUCAUUUGGGUCAGCUACAUUUUCCCUGAUGGAAGCUCGUAUGAAGGCACUGUUUGGGAUGACUUGGCUCAUGGAAAAGGUGUUUAUGUUGCAGAACAGGGCCUGGUCAGGUAUGAAGGUGAAUGGCUGCAAAAUAACAUGGAAGGUCAUGGGGUCGUUGAAGUUGAUAUUCCUGAUAUAGAACCAGUGCCAGAGUCCAAGCUUGAAGCAAAAAUGCGAGCUGAAGGGAAAAUAAUAUCAAGAGAUUUCAUGUCCCCAGAAGAUAGAAAAUGGUUAGAGAUGGAUGUUGAAGAUAGCAUUCGUCUGGCUGGAGGGCAGUAUGAAAUUCCAUUUUACGAGAGUGAUGAGUGGAUUAAACAUUUUGGGAGAAAACCGGAAAAGGGUCGAUACCGCUAUGCUGGCCAGUGGAAGCAGGGUAGAAUGCAUGGAUGUGGUGUAUAUGAAGUCAAUGAACGCACCAUCUAUGGUAGAUUCUAUUUCGGAGAUCUAUUGGAGGAUGCAUAUGGUUGUGAUGAGAACAUUUCAGCGAUGCAUGCUGGUAUAGCAGAGGUUGCUGCUGCUAAGGCUCGGAUGUUUGUUAAUAAGCCAGAUGGAAUGGUUAGGGAAGAGAGGGGUCCUUAUGGUGAUCCUCAACACCCCUAUUUCUAUGAGGAAGAUGAUGUGUGGAUGGCACCAGGCUUCAUCAACCAGUUCUAUGAAGUUCCUGAUUAUUGGAAGACAUAUGUGCAUGAAGUUGAUCAGGAAAGAGAAAUGUGGUUAAACUCCUUUUAUAAAGCUCCCCUGAGGCUACCGAUGCCCGCUGAGCUUGAAUAUUGGUGGUCAAAAGAUGAGACUCCUGAGUUUGUUCUUAUCAACAAAGAACCAGAGCCUGACCCUGAAGAUCCAUCAAAACUAGUAUAUACUGAAGAUCCCCUCAUUUUGCACACCCCAACUGGAAGAUUAAUUAAUUAUGUUGAGGAUGAGAAACAUGGGGUCCGAUUAUUUUGGCAGCCGCCUCUAAAAGAAGGUGAAGAUGUGGACCCUGAGAAGGCUCAGUUCCUACCCCUCGGAUUUGAUGAGUUCUAUGGACGAGAAGUGAUUGUAAAAAGGGAUAAUAUAUGGAAACGAUUCAUAACGGCAAUAGAAAAUGCAUUGAAGCCAGGAUUUGAUAAACUAGAAAAGUGGACUGAAGAGAAGAAGAAAGCUGGUGAGAUGAAAAUGAAGCUUAUUGAAAAGGAACUUGACCUUAUAGAGGCUGAAUUGUGUUUGGAAGAGGCCAUUGAGGACUUGGAUGAGGAGUUAAGGAUGAAAGAAAAAGAGGAGCAGAAGAAAGUGGAAAUGGGUGUGCAGGAGGAAGAAGAUACUUCUGUGAUAGCUAACCAAGAGGAAAAAGCUAUUACCAAAGAGGAGGGUGAUGAAGAUAUAGAAGAGGAAGAUGACGAGGAAGAGGAUGAUGAUGAUGCACCUACCAGUUUUGGAUCUGUUGCUGCAGAUCGAGGUUCCAUAAAGAACGAUCAGAAGGGAAAGAAGCCUAGGGAGUCUCCAUUCUCGUCAUCUUCAUUGUCAUUUGCUUCUUGUAGCCUUGUUUCGGCAGUUCCAUCUAUGUUGCAGCUAUCAAUUUUGUCAUUGAAACAAUGUAGAUUACCACUAAAACCACAUCCUCCCUCAAGUGUGGAAAACCCCAAUGACCUCCUGAAAACAAUUGAUUCAGUCAGUUUCCCUCCAGUGCUUCACCAUAAAGGAAGCUUGAGAGCAUUUAAUCAAGAUCAUCUAACUGUUCAGCGACAAAAAUGCUCUAAUGGACGGAUGUCUCACUUGCACUCCUUAUGUAAGAUUUUGAAAUGUCCUUCAGCUACUGCUAAUACCAGAAGCAAUCCAAAAAAACCUAGAAAGCAUAACAGUUUUGGGCCACGUGCUGCACCGGAGGAAUAUUCAGACAGCAUUUUAUCUUUGCACUUUCCUGUGUAUUAUUUGGAAUCAUAUACAGAUACUAAAUGGUGCUGAGCCUCAUUGUAGAAACUUAAAACAGUUGAACCUAGGAGGGUCAGUUUUGUUGAGGCUGCAUUUGAUUGCUUUUUGGCCAAUCUUAAUUUCAAGUAUGCAUUUGGCUUUUAUCUUUGAUAAGAGGGAAAAAAAAAUUAAACAUUAAAAAAGUAUUUCAAGUUUGGAUAUAUUCUUC